CUUUGGUUCAUUAGCUUUCAACCUGUUUGUUGAUGUUGUUUAUGUUUUUCUUUGUUGAUAAUUAUUUUAAAUAGUAAAACCUUUUUGAUUUAUUUAAUUCUUAGUUUAAUCAUGGAGAGUGACAUUUCUGGAUCAACCACUGAGCCAAUUACAAUAGAUGAAAAUGGUACUGAGAGUACAAAUGUUGAUGGUUUAAAUGGUACCGACGGUGAAGGUGAUGAUUCAGAGAUGAGACCAAUGGAAAUGAGUGAUAAUAACAACAGAAUGGUAAACAAAUUAUGGCGAUUACCAGAUUGUGGAAAGAUUUCCAAUCCCUAUUUUAAUGGAUUUAAACAAGGAGAAAACAACGAGCCUAAAUGUAUAAGAAUUGGUUGUUGUAAUUUAGCAGUUGAAAAUUCUGAUUGGGAUUAUGAAUAUUGUUCAGCAAUUUGUGCAGUUGAACAUUGCAAGACUGCAUUUACCAAUUGGGUGGCCACUCGCCAAGCAGAAAGUGAUGGUACAGGUGGUCAAGCAACACCACAAUUAGUAACAACAAUCAAUUAAAUCACCAGAUGGAUUAAAUUAUUACCCAAAAACCAAAGGAGAGAAAAUUAAAGAAAUGAUAAAAUUAUUUUUAUACAUAUUUUACUCAAAAGAUGAAAAUUUAAUCAACCGCCAUUUGUGUUUACCUUUUCUCUCUCUCUCUCUCUCUCUCUCUCUCUCUCUCUCUCUCUCUUUCUCUUUCUCUCUCUCUCUCUUUCUCUUUCUCUAUCGCUCUCUAUACUUGUUAUUUUCUCAUAUGUUUAUGCUGUAACUUUCAAUUUCAUUUGAUUUUUAAUUCUCGUGUCUCGUUUUUAAAACACUUGUUGAUUAAAUUACAAUUCUCGCA